CCACAAGUUUCACACUAGGUCGGAAUUGGAAUAAUCACACUCUAAAUACACCAAGACGUGAGCGCAUCGCCGAGCCGUGGGGCGCACGUGAGCCCACACCCAGGCACCCAGCCCUGCCUCUCGCCAGAGCAUCCUCAGCAGCUGCCACAGAAGCAGCCUCCUCCUUCUCUGCUUCCUCCUCCUCCAACCGCCGACAACGCCGCCACCGCCGCCGCAGCAGCAGCCACUGCUCCUAUCCCCUCUCAUCCUUCUUCCUCUCCCCAUUCCUGCUCCUCCUCCCAUCCCAGGUUCCUUCUCCCCAGCGACGGAGGGCAGAAUCCUCGACAACAGCUUCCCUCUCUCGGGCCACGAAGAGGCUGGAACAGCCCAGUAUUCCAGCCCACCUUCCCUUGUUUUGAAUCUCAGUUUUGUUCUUCAACGUGUUUGAUACCCUGCCAACUUUGAGUUAUCUUCAGAAGUCGAAUUGGAAGCCAGUGAAGAAGCCUCAGGGAGUUGCAGAGGAGACUCAAAUCCAGGCCAACUGUGUGGCUGCCUGAGAUGUUGGAACAGAAGGAGGUCCAUUCCUGUUGGGGACAACACUGUGGCCCUGUUCUGGGAUGAGCAAGGUAUAAAGGAGCUGUGAACUGAAAAUGUCUGACGGUCUGGAUAAUGAAGAAAAACCCCCAGCUCCUCCACUGAGGAUGAAUAGUAACAACCGGGAUUCUUCAGCACUCAACCACAGCUCCAAACCACUUCCCAUGGCCCCUGAAGAGAAGAAUAAGAAAGCCAGGCUUCGCUCCAUCUUCCCAGGAGGAGGGGAUAAAACCAAUAAGAAGAAAGAGAAAGAACGCCCAGAGAUCUCUCUUCCUUCAGACUUUGAGCAUACGAUUCAUGUGGGGUUUGAUGCAGUCACCGGGGAAUUCACUCCAGAUCUCUAUGGCUCACAGAUGUGCCCAGGGAAGCUCCCAGAGGGAAUUCCUGAACAAUGGGCACGAUUACUCCAAACCUCCAACAUAACAAAACUGGAACAGAAGAAGAACCCACAAGCUGUUUUAGAUGUUCUCAAAUUCUAUGAUUCCAAAGAAACAGUCAACAACCAGAAAUACAUGAGCUUUACAUCAGGAGAUAAAAGCGCCCAUGGAUAUAUAGCAGCACAUCCUUCAAGUACAAAAACAGCAUCUGAGCCUCCUUUAGCUCCUCCGGUAUCUGAAGAAGAAGACGAAGAAGAGGAGGAGGAAGAAGAUGACAAUGAGCCCCCACCUGUUAUUGCACCAAGACCAGAGCAUACAAAAUCAAUCUAUACUCGUUCUGUGGUUGAAUCCAUUGCUUCACCAGCAGCACCAAAUAAAGAAGUCACACCACCUUCUGCUGAGAAUGCCAAUUCCAGUACUUUGUACAGAAAUACAGAUCGCCAAAGGAAGAAAUCCAAGAUGACAGAUGAGGAGAUCCUAGAGAAGCUAAGAAGCAUUGUAAGUGUUGGGGACCCAAAGAAAAAGUACACACGAUUUGAAAAAAUUGGUCAAGGGGCAUCAGGUACUGUUUAUACAGCACUAGAUAUUGCAACAGGACAAGAGGUGGCCAUAAAGCAGAUGAACCUUCAACAGCAACCCAAAAAGGAAUUAAUUAUUAAUGAAAUUCUGGUCAUGAGGGAAAAUAAGAACCCCAAUAUUGUUAAUUAUUUGGAUAGCUACUUAGUGGGUGAUGAACUGUGGGUAGUCAUGGAAUACUUGGCCGGUGGCUCUUUGACUGAUGUGGUCACAGAGACCUGUAUGGAUGAAGGACAGAUAGCAGCUGUCUGCAGAGAGUGCCUCCAAGCUCUGGAUUUCUUGCACUCAAACCAAGUGAUCCAUAGAGACAUCAAAAGUGACAAUAUUCUCCUUGGGAUGGAUGGCUCUGUUAAAUUGACUGAUUUUGGGUUCUGUGCCCAGAUCACUCCAGAGCAAAGUAAGCGAAGCACUAUGGUGGGCACCCCCUAUUGGAUGGCACCUGAGGUGGUGACUCGAAAAGCUUAUGGUCCGAAAGUUGAUAUCUGGUCUCUGGGAAUUAUGGCAAUUGAAAUGGUGGAAGGUGAACCCCCUUACCUUAAUGAAAAUCCACUCAGGGCAUUAUACCUGAUAGCCACUAAUGGAACCCCAGAGCUCCAGAAUCCUGAGAGGCUGUCAGCUGUAUUCCGUGACUUUUUAAAUCGCUGUCUUGAGAUGGAUGUGGAUAGGCGAGGAUCUGCCAAGGAGCUUUUGCAGCAUCCAUUUUUAAAACUAGCCAAGCCUCUCUCCAGCCUGACUCCUCUGAUUAUCGCUGCAAAAGAAGCGAUUAAGAACAGCAGCCGCUAGGACUGCAAGCCUUACCCCUCACCAUCUCCCUCAUGAGUAAGACUGAAGUAACAUUUUGCUUUAGGAAAGAUGAAAGAAAAGACAGUCAAAUCGGGUGGGGGUUCAUUAACUUUCAAAUGAAUAGAAACUUCUUAUAAGCCUUUUUUCCUAUUCCCUCAGAUUAUGUAAUUUAUUUGUAAGUCCGAAUCGCAGCCCAAACAGGGCAGCAAUGUUGAAGUGGCCAUCAAGUGGUCAUUUCCACCGUGAAGCGAAAGAGCCAGUAGUGAAUCCCCUCAUUUUGUGCAUUCACUUUGAAGAAAAAGAUUUCUCAAAGAUGCACACUUCCUCUUCAUAGUGUUGUGUUUGUUUUUAAGUUAGAGAGUAGUCCCUCUUGCAUUCAAACCUCCUUCAAAACCCCUUACCUAAUGUGAUGUUUUUCACUUGCAUUGUCAUUAGAUGUCCAGAAAAAAAGAUGUCAAAUGUUUUUUUUAAAAAAGAAAGCAAAAACACAAAGCAAAAAAACAAAAACAAAACAAAAAACCAACAAAAAAAAUAGAGCAAGUACUGUGUGAACAUGUGGAACUCCAUGCCCUAAUAGAGUUGCAAUUUUUUAUUCUUCUUCUAUAGUGGUGGCUUGGUUUGUGUACCUAUUUUUCUGCAUUUGUAUUGGAAAAGGUUUCUUGUAAGACAUUUUCUGAAAGCAGAAGGGAAUAUGUGUGUUCAGGAAGGGCUUUAGAAAGUUCCUUAUCUAAAUAAAGCUCAAAUGGUGAAAUCCUAUCAUAUUUUUACAAGGGCGCUUAAGAGAUGGUUGAUUUGUCAUGAAAACCAGCUUGUUAAUUUUUGUGACACUGGAAAAAGGACACACUGAAAAGGGAAUCCCUUUUGGGUGAGCCCAAGUUCUGAACCUGGGAAACCCUGAUAGGAGAAACCAUUAUUUAAACAAAGAUGGGACUUUCUCUGAGAGCCAAAAGGAAAAUAAGACACAUGUGUAAUACUGAAAUCCUUGUUGGACAUUAUGGUAAACAAAGGUAAAGACAUGUAAUUUAAGCCUCUCUUGUGCUUGUGGAACAUAAGCACUGUAAAACAGGCAUACCAGGAGGAAAUAUAUCCAUUAACCAACAUUUCUUUAUGAUAAAAUGAUUUAAUUUGACAAUUUAUCACACUUUGGAAUUUUUUUGAAAAUAAAGAACAGAGAUAUAAUAAGCUUUCAGCUCUGUAAGAAAUGGAAGAUCAGUGAAAGAUACAUCCCAAUCAGCAUUUGCUUCUAAAUACUUCUCAUUUUUCCUGUUUGCCACCAAUUUCAGUUUUGGGAUAUGAUGUGUUCUUUUAGUUCCUUGGGCUUUUGAACUUCAAAAGCCUGUUCAGUAAUGAUCUUAAAAUUCCCCAGUGAAAAUUAUUCUGGCCUGCAAUCAUAUAUUCCAUGAAAUAUUAGUCCAACUGAAUUCCUUUUGCAGCUUGGGGAAAAUACCAAUUUGACUAUUAUUUCACCAUAUAUCUAUUUCUUAAAAAUGCAACAGUUACUACUUCCUGAAUCUUCUGAGAGUUGAAAAAUACCUGGAAGAUGUAUGUAUGGAAAAGGAUAUGCUUCUUUUAUUGUCAAUUUUAUAAAUUUUGGAAAGUUGUUUCUCCGAGCCUUUGAAAAGCUAACAGUCUAUGCUGUAGAAGACUUCUUAAAUUGUAGUAUAUAAGAAAUCUGAAUAGAACCUAUCUUCAUUAAGCAAGAAGGAGAAAGAGGUUAAUGACAUAACCCUCUUUCCUGCUUUGCAAGGUACAUCUAUCCAUCUAACCAUCCAUCCAUCCUUUCUUUAAAAUGAAAGCACUUUCUUUAGAGUUUCUACUAACCUUAUAAUGCACAUGUUUAUGUUUAGAAAACACCACUGAUGAAUUUCCUGUUUUCUUUGACUACAAAAUUUGAGAGGGUCUUGACCCUCACCUCCCCCUCAAAAACAAAUUGUCCACACUGGGAUAAAGCAACAAACAUGAAAAGAAAAUCAAAUGGCAAUAUUAAUUUAAUGCAUAUUAUGUUAUACUUUGCAAAGAGGUGUCUAGGUCUAAAAUUUUUAAUCCCACACUGCUCUAAUGAGAUAGACAGGCUGUAAUUUUUAUUUCAUUUAAAAUGUUUUUUUCACUCAUAAUUCCAGGUAAUUCAAUGAAAUACCUGGAAUGCAAAUAAAAUCUAGUACAUUGGUGAUAGAACCCAAUACCUGGUUGGGAAGCAACUAACUAGUCAUCAGUUAGCAUCCCUUAUAUAUUGUAAAGGCAGUUUUGUUUUUGUUUUGUUAUUUUGGAGACCUUGGAGCAGUGAUCCUUCAGAUCACUGUAGGCAGAGAAAUGGCUGCUCCUUAUGCUUUUACUUCAGCAUAUUACAAUGAGGAGCCAGGUACUACUUUAUCAACACUUUGUACAAGACUUGAUGAUAACAUAUCCUAGUAGGCUUUAUUCUUACGAAUUUAUUUGUAUCUAUGUAAAUUUUCAGAUGAGAACAGCUUCUAAAGCCCCUUCCCUGUGUUGAAGAGUUCUGUAUAUUUCUAAUAAGUAUUAGAGAGAAGCUGUUUCUCAUGCCAAAAUGAUGCUGAAGGAUUCACAUUUGGUACAUUUGAUUCAACUUGGACUCCAGAUGGUUAAUAGUUUCUUUCCUUUCCUUGCAUUUUUUUAGCUCAUCUUGACACAGGUGAGUCUAUCCAGAUCUUUAAUGUUGCUAGUGUGCCCCAAGAUAAUGAGAGCACAGCAUCGAAUGUUGAUUCCAAAAUGUCCUGAGAUAGGAGUAGGGCAAUGUGAAAGUCAGGGAAGGGUGUGAAGCACAGUAGAGAUUAUUUAUUUAAGAAAGAAAAGAACAUUGAUGUUGUAGCAAGGAUCCGGUGCGUUGUCAUAAUCCCAUAAGGAUUUUGGGAUGACAGAGUCCCCUCAAAUCACUUACCAUGUUGGGUAAUGACUUCGUUCUUCCUGAUCUUGUCUAUGUGUCACUGUAAAUAUUUGUGUGUCCAUGUUCCAUUUUGGCUACUGGAUGGCCAUGUCACAUGAGAAAAUUUAACUCAAGUAUUUAUUCUUUAAUUGUGUUAUUCAGAUUUCUUUCAGGCUUGUGAAUUGCACACCAAUGUUUGAGUUUAACCACCUGAUCCUCACAUCUAUCCCUCCCCUGUGAAACACAUUCCAUUGCUAAAAGAAAAAGAAAUACAAAAUUGCUUCCUGUUGUCUGUAUAACUGUUUUGAUAGUUUGAGAUGUUUGUCUAUAAAGAGUAUUUCUCAGCUCAAAGAUCAUGUAAAUAACUAUAUUCCUUUGCUCAGUGGGCUAUUUCUAAUGAGGCUGCCAGUUCUCAGAGAUUCUAUGAAAUCAGUUUUAAAUACCAUAAAUAGGGACCACAACUAUAUAAAAAUAAAUGUACAUAUGGGCAAAGACUGGGUACACAGAUAAUGGAAAUCAGUUGUGUUAGGGCAGCGGGAUUAUGUGAUUUUCUUUUUGAAAUUUUCUUUGAUGUUGUCUUAAUUUUACUUUAUAGUGAAUAAACAUCAGAAAGGGAAUUCUAGAAACAUAGAAGACUCCAGAAGGACAAGCCUUCUGGCCAGAGCCCAGAGCAUGCAGGGCACAGAUAUUUGCUAGUUACAGUUAUUCCAUAGGCUUUAUACUUGCCUGCGUGCUGAGGUUGGCACAUGCUCAGGUAUGGCACAUGCUUUCUUAGGAGACUGUUAUCUAUGUCAAAGCUAGGGAGAUGUCCCUACUAUAAUUCCAAAUACAUUCUUCUGCUUUAAAACAGGCUGCCCUCUGCUUUGGUAUGGCAUCUAAGUGUCUAUCUUGUUUACUUUAGAUAGAAGGGGUGACCAUUUGUUUAGCCCCUUUGAUUAACAUUUGUUUCAGGUACCACUUUUCUGGGUCUUUUUAGCAAAUUUUCAAGUUGAAUUUUAGAAGAAUAAAAGCAUAAAGUCCCCAUUUCCAAUCAUUUCCUUGCUCAACAAGAUAUUAUAUCAUUCGGGUAGGAUUCUUCUUUUAAUGAUCAAGUCACACUGAGGUCAAGAGAAAUUAUGACUUGCAAUUAAAAGCUGAUUCUGAAAUCAAUAAGACAAAUAUUUAGGAUUGUCUCUGUCUAGUGACAUUCAGUUACAGUCCUAUUAGUUCUGACUUGAGGUGGGCUCCGGGUGCUUUUGCACUGCUUAAUUAUAGGCUGUAUGCAGUAAUUGUAAUUUUAAGAGAAAGGGAGACCAUCUACUAAAAGAGAGGAAUGUCCUUCUAACUCGCCAAGAAAUUUUAGGUGAGGACUUGAACAAUAUGUUACUUAUCAUCAAAAGCGGACUCUAUACCUAGAAAAACUCAUAGGAUUUUCAUUAGCCAUUUUAAGUGUAAAAUAGAAGUCUUAGACCUGCCAUCUGCAGCUGACUUUCAUGGUCAUUUUCUGAGCUAUUUGUCAUUAACAGUCAAUUAAAUAAAGGCAUAGCCAGUGGUACAAACCAAACAUCUCCCAGUCUCUGAGCAAAAGACUGAAAUCCAGCAUUUGUAAACUGACAGUCUAAUGGGCCUCGGAUAUUGAGUGAACUUAACAUGCAGUUCUGAACAUAUAUUUGCAUGUGGCUUGAUAAGGAAAUAAAUGAGACCUUGGAAAUAAUGGAAUUGUUUUUCUGUGAAAGAGUUUUUCAUAAAAGACUUAUUCUACUAUAAUCUUUCUGUUGGUUAGCUUUCACUUUUUCACUCUUUUCUGAGCCACAUUCCUGUUCCUUUGUAGUAACCAAAUGAAUCUAACCCAACUUCUCAUGCAUUGGAAUAUCUGUUUAAUAUUAAAGAGUAUCUAUCUGAAUCUGCAGAUGCGGGAAGUGAGAUAUCACCUCCGUGUGCACGCCUCUGCAUAUAAGUAUACUAUACUACUUGUAGCAUUUACUGACACUUAAUUUGGUGGAACUUGCAAGAUAAAGUUAUCUAGUCAGUGCCAUCAGAGUCUCCUUCAGAAACUGCCAUCAGGUGAAUUCUAUCCCAUAAUACUAACAGUAAAGCAGGUAGCAUGUUCAGGUGGUUUAGUACCUAAAAGAAAGUUAUCAGUAAUUCUAGAGAAUAAGUCAGAUGUGGAAGGAAUAUUAGCCUAGAAAGGAGACCUGAAUUCUAAUAUAGGCUUCAGGAAUAACUUGCUGCAUGACCCUGGGAAACUCCCUUAACUUUUCUAUUGCUGUUUCCUCAUCUGUAAAAUAAAGGUAUCAUACUAGCUGCUCUCCAAGAUCUUUCCCAAAGCUUUAUAUUCCGUCGUAUAGUAAGUUGCUUUGCAAAUUAAAUUUGCUAAACUGAUGGCAAAUAUCACAUGCUUAAGCCUGGAUCUCUUAUGGUGUAGUCAAAUACUAGAAUUAUGUAAGAUGGAAAAACUCAAGUAAGUGAAGUUAAUAAUACUAGAAAAUGUUGAUAAAACUCGUGGCAGCCUUCCAAUUUAUUCACAAUUGUUUUGUUUUAAUGUUUUUUUCUCUGUUGAGUGUUCCCAGUUUUUAUUUUCCAAAUAUUCUGUAUGUAAAAUCUGGUCUUCAUUAAGCUGUGGUCAGUAUUUGCUACGAGAGCAGAAAUAUACUGUCAUAUUUGCUAAAAUAGAACUGUGCUUGGGCCUCUCCUUUCCUGUAAAGCAGGGCUAGGCCUUAUAGAUUUAAAUUCAUAAAUGGCACAAAAUGACAGAUCUCAUGCAUUUUAAUGGCAGAGACUACAAAGAGUGGACUUAAGCAUUUGGAAGUUGCAGAGAGAAAUGAAAAAGCAAAUAUAUGCUUUUGGCAUUAAGAAGUGUUGACAAAUUUACUUAUUGGAAGUCAAAGAUAGUGUUUCCAAUGACAGCUCCUACAGUGAUUGGCCAGUUGUGUGAGUAUGCUGCUGGAAAGAAGGUAAACUGGAAGUUAGUGAAUGGUCCCAAUUGCCUGCCUACAGCAGAGUGCCAACCAGCCCCGAGGGCGAAAUUCAAAUUCAAUGUGUGUGCUUGUGCGCUGUGUGCUUUAUGGACCCGCAUAAACUAUAUUCAUUUGUGACAAUAAGAGCUCUAAAAGAAUCCAAUAACCAUUAAUGGAUUGAGUUUUAAAUAUGAAUACAUGAGCCAGUAGGAGCCAGAUUAUAAGGGUAUUGAUGUCUACUAGAAUUAUACGCCUAACAUCGAGGUAAAAUAGAGGAGGAUCUACAUUUUCACUGUUUCACAGAAUUGUAUCUCAUUUGGCUGUGCAUUACUUUUGUCAAAAUGUGUUAUCUGUAAACCCAUGUGUAGUGAAAUUCUUCUGUAACUUUGGAUUAAAGGUAUUUAUGGUCUUUUUGUUUGUUUGAUUUUUGAGUAAGUUAUUUCUUUUGUAGACUUGCUGAUGGUAUGGUUCCAUCCUUCUGCCCUCAGCAUACAAUCUUUUUAAAGGAUUUUUGUUUCCAAUAUCAUUACUUUAAAUUGUGGUUGAAGCAAUAGAAAAUUGAAAUAUGGAUUGUGCAUGACUGUGUCUUGAGUGUAAAAAUAUUGCAGUUUGAAACUUGGACCUAAAGUAUUGCGAAUAAAAAUGACAAAUAUCAAUAA